AUGGGCGCCCUUUCCUCUCUCUUCCAGUCCUGUAUACAGGGCAGGAAACUACAUAGACGUCGUGCGCCUACUACAGCAUCUCCGGAGAGCAGGCCAUGCUCUGUGCCCAACACGCAAAAUCCCCCCUCAGCCACGCAAACUACGACUAUUCGUAUAGUUGAGUCUGUCGACUCGAUUUCGCUUUCAGAGUAUAGCUGUGAAUCUCUCCCAUUAGAGGGAACAUCGCCAUCAUUGAAACCAACCCAUGUACAUGGUCACGACCACAACAACAACCCUGAAAAGAAUGAGCACGAGGACGAGGACGAAGACACGGCCGUUGAAUCAGAGGCCGAAUCUCUGAACGAGAAAGCAGAUCCAGCUUUCGAAAAAGAAAUAUUAACACCUACCACAACUACUGCUGCCGCACUCAAACACCGCGCUCUGCCUCCCCUGCCAACAGAAGACGCAGCACCACCACCACCACCACCAUCACCAAUAAUAAUCCCAAUCAACCCACUCAGCUCGCGAAAGCUCCCGGAGAUAAAAACCCGCGUGAUUGAAGAUAUCCCCGAAGCCACCGAGGAAGAAGAAAAGGCAGAGAAGCCAACAGAGCAAGAGCAAGAGCGAACCCAGCGACGCGGCCACAAACGCACCACGACAUGGCGCCAGAGCCGGCGGAAGUCGAUGCUCGAGCUCUUCACUUUACUCCAGAGCUCGAAUGCCCCUGCGUCCUCCGAGUCCGGGGAUGGAUCGGCCGCCCCUACCACCUCUGCCUCGACCGCAUCAACAACAGGUCUCUCGCUUUCAUUCUCCAGCUUCCGCUUCCCACUUCCCCCGACUCGUACGCCGCUCCGACUGUCCCAGCUCCAAAGACACCACCGACAACGCCAGCGCCAACGACCCAUGUCUUCAUCCGAUCACGCGUCCUCGGCAGAACGAACGCGCAGGGACAUGUCGAGACCACGAACAGGAGCGGCCCCCGAGCCGAAACCUGAACGGGAUCCCGAGAGGUACGAAGACGUCGCGAUGCCCGCGCCGCUGCGGACGAAGAAAGAACGACGGAUGGGGACGGCGGUGUUCCCGCCCAUGUCUCGCGCCCUGGGUGCGAUGAGAGAGAUGGCCGAGGGCCCUGCGACUAAACAAGGACAGCCUCUUUUUUGCUAG